AUGCCUGGUAGUCUCAAGUUCACUCCUGGUGUACUUGUCGAAGCCUUGGGUCAUUUUCACUCGGGCAAUCUUGCAGCCACCCGAAUGUCCGCGUCAUCGUGUGGUUUGGGUGCUUCCAGAGAACAGCAACAGCAGGAGCUCAAAGUUCAUAUUGAAGUCCUCAAAUCUUAUUGGCAUCGUUGUCUUAUUAAGUCGAGUCAAAGCGUUGGUGAUGCAUCUGAGAUUUCAUGCUACAUCUUAUUAAUCGCCAAACUUUUGAAAAAAGACAAGUUUAUCACGCAGUUGGAAGCAGGGUCGAAGGUCCAUAUUCUUUUCGAAACAGCUAUUCAAAUGCAGCUAUUUGAUCACAUGUACGAACUGCUUGGACGAUUUCACGGUGAUAAUCUGGAAUCACUAAAAGAAUCCUAUCUCCAGUUCUAUGAUAUACUACUUUCUCGUUCCUUUUGUCAUUUAUUUUUGAAGGAAAAGUUCUUAGUUCCUAUGAUGCGGACGCUAAACUUGUGCAGCCAUCACUCUUCGUUGAGAAUUGAGAACUUGCUUCUUCAGACACUUCACACAAUUUGUGUUGCACUCCAUCAUCAAGCACACUCAUCUAGACCCCGUAAUUGUGAAUUCGAAAAUGUGCCAGGCGAAAUAUUUUGGUCAAUUUGCCUCAAUCCCCGCAGUUUCGUUCAAAAACCGCAUUUAAAUAGUGGUGAUGAUUCAAAUCCAAUCUUAAUAGAGACGGAAUGCUCACCUUGCGAAAUGCAGUCUAUUUGUGAUCUGCUGGUAAAUUAUGCCCACCGUGACGGGAGUUUGUGUUGGUGGUCGCGCGACUCCUUGCUCCUGCUUGCAGCCUCUUCUACUACAAAUCAUAACGCUGGUUAUUAUAUGGCUAAAAAGUCAUACCUAUGCGAAGUGCUGGUGAUGGAUAUGGUUUUGCUCUUCAAUAACAUGCCACGGCAGCUUGUUAGCGGCAACUCUGCGGAUGAAUGGCCUUCUCUCGUUGCAGGAUUCGAAGAACAAGUACUGCGAGACCAUUCCGUGCAGAAAUUUUUGGACCACUAUGAAUUUUGCUGCUCCAUUUUGGAUAUGUCAAACCAUAUGGUAAAAGAGAAUAUGUUAAGCUGCCUCUACAGGGGAUUUCUUUUACCUGUACUAGCUCCAGCAAUUCAAUCGGCAUCGGAACCCGAAGUAGCGACAACCACUGUCUAUUUUGAUCGUAUUCUGUGGAAGUCCAAAGGGAGUAUCUUGCUGCCUUUCUUGUUGCGUUUUCUUUUCUCCGAACGAAAUGUGCCUCAUUCUGACAGUCUGACUCCCCAAACCUUCAGACACGAUGUGAUUCAAGCCCUGGAACAGUCGUUUCCGCUCUCUGAGGCCUUGUUUUAUCGUGGGACAAGCACGUCGCCAAGUACCACAAACGCAAACACUUACAUGGACGUGCUGCUGAAGCGCAUUCACUGCUGCAAUUCUUUGGUUGGUAUUGCAACCCUUUCUCUGCUGAACACAAUUGUUGAUCUCCUAUGCGAGGACGCUAUUUUUGAGCUUGCACUAAAGCACCUCCUUCUAGGAACACAACCGGCGCUAGGCAAAACAGCUACGAACCCGUCUACCUUCUUCGCGUCCGCAGGUCAGUAUUUGGCUCUCAUUCCGCCAUACUCUUCCUUUUCUAUUAGUCGCUCCGAUGAGAGCAUUUCUGGCCCAGAAGGGAAUAAGUGGCAUGGUGGUCUAAAUGGUGAUCUCUCGUCUUUCCAUGUCAAUGAGGCAGUUUUGGCACAGUUGGAGAUGGAAGUAGAGGCAGGAGUGAAUGGUGAGAUGAGUGAAUCGCGAAAAUGGUAUGAGAGAAUGUCGGGCUGCCUCUGGGAGGCUCGAAAACUCAUUGCGGAACGCAAGGCCGCCUGUGGUGACUGGCGUUUUCCCUAUGACCUCGGAAAUCCAUCAUCGUCAAUGGCAUUGAAUGCUCACAUGAACGAAAAUCCUCUGACACCUUUGCCUCAGGAGGGACUCCAAGCCUCAGACGACAUAUUUGAAGAUUUCACUGGUGGGAAUGCUGCUAAAUUCUCCUCGAACAGCGAUCGGAAUCAGUGGGAGCUGGAUGGCCUCAACCAGAUAGUGAUUGAAGAAGACAGCAUUUUGGCCGAUCUGGAGCGUUUCAGCGCCCUCCUGCGCGAGCCUUCGUGUUCCGCCUAUAGAGCCAAGUCGAUGCAUACCCAAAAGACCGCCUUCAAGUUUCGACGUCAUCACGAGGUGGCGCCUGACCCUGAGGAGAUCAAACGUACUUCCUCGCUCUACAAUAUCACCUUCGUGGAAAUGGACCCCGAUGAAGUGACUGAAAGUGCUGAUGUCGGCACAUCUCCUUCUGCGGUGGGGAUGUUUGGGAGAAUGAGCCGGUCCACUAUGAUUCGUCAAGCCUCUGCGUCAUCGACAUCUUCAACAUUGUCAAGAUCUGUAGAGCUUAGCCUCACCGAGUCGUCGGAACAGCUGCCAGCGGGUGUGGAAGAGAUUGACGGAGGUGAUGUGUCUGAACUGAUGCGAUAUCUCGACCGACUUCCUGGUGGUAAUUCUGUUGAUGGUAAAUCGGUGGAGGCGAGAUUUUCAGCCUGCAUGCGCCAGUUUGGUGGGCAAAAGAGGGAGGAUGAGGAGGAGCAGGACAAAGUAAGAAAUCCUGUAAAGGUGAAUGAUUCAGGAAUCGCCAGUGUUGAGUCGGCCCUAAUGAAUACUUCAACGGUUAUUAAAAGUUCUUCAGUCAAUUCGGCUCCCUUCUACUUGGGCCCUCUCCUGACUUCCCUGAUGCAAUUAGUCUCAUGUAUGCCCAUGAAUCACCUCUAUGCCAACCUUCAAUUGACUCGACUAGUCACCCACUUGUUGGCAUUGCCGCUCCCCCUGGUGCGCCUGCAACUGCUUCCGCUUACUGCACAGGAAGGCACGAGCCUUGACGGCCGGUGGCUCUACACAACCCUGAUGGCGGUGCGUCAGUGGUUUGACUGCUUUAUCAACCUUCACUUCUCUUCUCCUCUCACCACUACUCUCAGUAGUGGAAUCCCCUUCGUCGGUUUUCUUGACGCUCUCAGAGAGGCAGUUUUCCAGCCUCCAAGGCGCUCACUUAUUGAGUCCCACGUGCUCAGCUCACCUGCCACCCAGUCACCAAGACGCAUGUUCUGGUUGCUCUCUCGUCUCCGCUUGAACUCCUUUUCCUCCUCCUCCACCCCUUCGCCUUCAACAAGCUUGUCGGCGGUUGUCAGUACGAACGAGUUUUCUGACUGGCGAACACAAGCCAUGGAACGCUUGGGUGGGGUUGCAUGCGGCAAGGCACCCGGCACAGGCCCCCUAAAAGCCGUUAAAGACGCAAAGUCACGGGGUGUUCUAAUGGCUCUCUUCGUCUUUGAGGAGUUCUGCCGAGAAUUGGCCGCCCUCUGUCUGGAACAUAGCGUCGCACUAUAG